AUGUGGCCAACCGUCCUCUCCCACCCCUACCAACGAUCGUCAUUGUUGGUGGUGGCUUUUCAUACGCCCACGAGUUACGGGAAACUCACCGCUGCACUUGAGGCAUGCGGCUACAAAGUCCACGUCCCGCGAAUGCCCACGACAAAUGGGUCACGGCCACCCAACGCCAACUUCAUUGACGACUCACAACUUGUUCGCAACAAAGUCGACAGCCUGGUCCAGGCUGGGCACACAGUCAUCACCAUCGGGCACUCCUACGGAGCACAUGUCAUGUCCAACGCGUUGUACGGGCUGGGCAUCGAGGCACGCUCCUUCAGGGGACUCAAAGGCGGCGUGUCCAGCUUGCUCUACAUGGCGGUCUACCUCCUUCCGGAGGGCAUGUCCACGUUCGAUGAGUUUGAAAAAUUUGGCAAUCCCGAAUCCUUUGUUGGCUUUGACACGGCUGAGGACCAUACGAUGACCGUUCGCAACCCCAAAGGGAUGUUCCUAUCUGUAGAGGACGACAAGACGGAAGCAGAGAGCUAUGUCCAAACUCUGUGUCGCUGGAAUGGACAGGCCAUUUUCCAGGCCUCCGAGCACGCUGCCUGGAGAGAGAUUCCGGCCAGCUACAUUCGCACCACGCAAGAUUUGUCGAUUUCCACUGCCGAACAGCUGGAUAUGAUCCAGGGCGCUGAAAAGGCUGGUCGGGAAGUGCAGGUCUUUACUGCAACACAGAGCGUCGUGGAUAUUGUCAACAAACUGGUCUCCGGUUGA